UCUGCGACCUAUUUACACUCUGAUGACAACAGAGGGUGAUAACUAAGGGUGGCCGAGGCCUGAUCCCGCCUUCGGGCGGGACUGCCCUCUUCAUAACGAAAAAAUUAAAAUGACCCCAGGAGCUGGAAGUGGGACAUCUGUAUUUAGAAUGCACCGAGCCACAGUAAAAGUUGAACACCCAGCGGGCAGCGGGCCGCAGGCCCUCCCUUGGUAACCGACGCCGGCGCCGGUUGCUAAGGGGAGAAGGGGAAACAAGGAUGUGGUCCGUCGGCUCUUGUCCUCCGGCGGCAGCUGCUUCCGCUUCUCCGGGCAGCCCGUACUUCCUCCUACCUUCCCCGGAAGAGCUGGGACUGCGGCUGCGGGUUCCGCCGCCUCGGGAGCCUUGGGAGCCCUCCGUCCAGCGCGGUGGUAGCGGCGGGGCCGGCGGCGGCUGUCCCGCGCGGCAGCGAUGCUGAGCUCCCGGGCUCAGGCGGCGAUGACCGCGGCCGACCGGGCCAUCCAGCGCUUCCUGCGGACAGGGGCGGCCGUCAGGUAUAAAGUCAUGAAGAACUGGGGUGUUAUAGGAGGAAUUGCUGCCGCUCUUGCCGCAGGAAUCUAUGUGAUUUGGGGUCCUAUUACAGAAAGAAAGAAGCGUAGGAAAGGGCUGGUGCCUGGCCUUGUCAACCUAGGGAACACCUGCUUCAUGAACUCCCUGCUGCAAGGCCUGUCUGCCUGCCCCGCUUUCAUCAAGUGGCUGGAAGAGUUCACCACCCAGUACACCCAGGAUCAGAAGGAGCCCCCCCCCCACCAGUAUUUAUCCUUAACGCUGUUGCACCUCCUCAAAGCUCUGUCCUGCCAAGAAGUCACCGAUGAUGAGGUCUUAGAUGCAAGCUGCUUGUUGGAUGUCUUAAGAAUGUACAGAUGGCAGAUCUCUUCGUUUGAAGAACAGGAUGCCCACGAGUUAUUCCAUGUCAUUACCUCAUCCCUGGAAGACGAGCGGGACCGGCAGCCCCGGGUCACCCAUUUGUUUGAUGUGCAUUCCCUGGAGCAGCAGCCAGAAGUAACUCCUAAACAAAUAACCUGCCGCACGAGAGGCUCACCUCACCCCACGUCCAAUCACUGGAAAUCUCAGCAUCCUUUCCAUGGAAGGCUGACGAGCAACAUGAUCUGCAAACACUGUGAACACCAGAGUCCUGUUCGAUUUGAUACUUUCGACAGCCUUUCACUGAGUAUUCCAGCUGCCACGUGGGGGCAUCCACUGACCCUGGACCACUGCCUUCACCACUUCAUCUCAUCCGAAUCUGUGCGGGACGUCGUAUGUGACAACUGUACGCAGAUCGAAGCCAGAGGGACGUUGAAUGGGGAGAAGGUGGAACACCAGAGGACCACCUUUGUUAAACAGCUGAAACUAGGCAAGCUCCCUCAGUGUCUGUGCAUCCACCUGCAGCGGCUGAGCUGGUCCAGCCACGGCACACCCCUGAAGCGGCAUGAGCACGUGCAGUUCAACGAGUUCCUGAUGAUGGACAUCUAUAAGUAUCACCUCCUCGGGCACAGACCUGGUCAGCACAGCCCCAAGCCCAGCGAGACCGCGGGGCCCACCCUGGACCUGCAGGACGGGCCGGCCGCCCCCAGAUCAGUUCUGGGUCAGCCCGGGGGCCCGAAAACACACAUUUUUAUGAAUGGCGCCUGCUCCCCAUCUUUAUUGCCCCCCCUGCCAGGCCCGAUGCCCUUCCCGCUCCCGGUGGUUCCUGACUACAGCUCCUCCACGUACCUCUUCCGGCUAAUGGCAGUUGUGGUCCACCAUGGAGACAUGCACUCGGGACACUUCGUGACUUACCGACGGUCCCCGCCGUCAGCCAAGAACCCUCUUUCAACCAGCAACCAGUGGCUGUGGAUCUCCGACGACACGGUCCGCAAGGCCAGCCUGCAGGAGGUCCUGUCCUCCAGCGCCUACCUGCUGUUUUACGAGCGUGUUCUUUCCAAGAUGCAGCCCCAGGGCCGGGAGUACAGGUCCGAAGAAUGACGGCCCUGCCCCAGAGCCGAUGGCACUGUCCCCGCGGGCCAGGAACCAGGCAAGAUCUGGCUGUGUGUGCGUGCGCAGGUGGCCCCGCUAGAGUCCUCAGCCUUCUGGUGUGUUCUCAGAGCAGGCUCCGUGCAGGAGCCGCUGGCCCCCAGUUCAAACCAAAUCUGGCCCCCUGAACAGCUCUGGGAGCGUGCGCUGGGUGGUGUCCUCACUGAGCUCCGACAGGAGUCAGUCUGUCUAGAACGUCUUUUUACUCAGCUGAUGCAGGUAAUUAAAAGAAACCCGGUUCCGGAAGCCACCUUUUUUAUAUUCGGCUAUGUUAGGUGUUCUCAGAGGGGAGGUAGCUUUGUCUAAUCCUCCAGUCGGUUUCAGCAUAGAUCUUUUAUUUUUAAUAAGCAGGCCCAGAAAAUUGGUGAAAUUAUUAAAGGCAACAAUUUAGAAGAAAAAGUGCCUUUCACUUUCGAUUGCUUUUGUAGCACGUCCAUUCUGGAAAACACACAUUGUCUAAGAGUCCUCUGAACAACUUUUGAGAAAAGCUCUGCUCCUUCCAAGUUUCUCUGCGGAGAGCAACAGGACGCCUGAAAGACGCCUGAAGAACACCCGCCUUCUCUUUUUGUGGGUCUUUUCCAGUCUUUGGAUUCUUUCUGCCAUCAAAGUGCACCUGCCAAAUCUGUCCCUCCCCCGGGGGGGUUAAUUCUUCUGCUGCUCUGUCAGCUGUGAGCUGCUUCCCGCUUGCUCUUAACUGUCGGCACACUGGACGGGAGACGUGACGAUGGUCUGUCAUCAAACUGUGUGAACAGUGGGCACGGGGCAGCGUCUGUGCCGACCCCUGCACCUCCUCUGCUCUGGACAAAGCCCGUUUUUACACCACCACCACCCGCCCCCCGUGGACGGUUAUUUCUAACUCUGUUGCCCCUGCAGCGCUCCUGAGGUUUACAGGUGUAGCUGGGGGCUGUAUGAGAUUCGGGAGCUGGGGGCUGGCAGGGCACU